AUGCUCGAAGCAGUGCGGCUUGUUGAAUCUGUCCCUGAACUACCAAGAAAGGAAGACCAGGAUAGCAAUGCGCUCGUCAUCGGGCUCGGAAUUGGUACAACACCAGCUGCCCUGAUUCAGCACGGAAUUGAAACGACUGUUGUCGAAAUUGACCCGGCCGUAUACAAGUUUGCACUACAAUACUUUCACUUUCCACCGAACCACACAGCAGUCAUUGACAAUGCAAUUUUAUUCAUCGAGACGGCACGACACGAGUCGAAAAAGUACGAUUAUAUCAUUCACGAUGUUUUCACUGGUGGUGUCGAGCCCGUCGAACUGUUCACUCUGGAGUUUAUGCAAGGACUUGACGCACUACUUCAAGAUGACGGUGUUGUCGCGAUUAAUUAUGCUGGAGAUAUCUCCCUGCCCGGAGCAGGAGUUGUCAUCCGCACAAUCAAAGCAGUCUUUCCAGAGUGUCGCAUAUUCCGUGAAAACGACGGCUCGGAAAAACCAACGGAGGAGUCCCUCGAUUUCAUCAACAUGGUUGUGUUCUGUAAAAAGAGUCGCACACCUCCAUUGACUUUCAGACAGCCGAAUGAGAAUGACUAUCUCGGUAGUCAGGCUAGAAAGUCGUACAUGUAUCCAAGACGGGAGAUUGACUCCAGCGUAUUCGAUAUCGUGGAUGACUCGACGAAAACGCGUAUCUUGGAAGUUGGCAAGACGAGUAUUCUCGAGGCAAACCACGUCACGAACGCUAUUGGACAUUGGACUAUCAUGAGAGAUGUACUUCCGGCCAAGGUAUGGGAGAAUUACUAA